GUCUACUCUAGUGGUCGUGGUCGUAUGGUCCACCUGUCAAGGUAAUCGGGUAGCAGUCCAGUCUCGGUGUAACAUCUCUUAAGAUCAAGACGUUAAUAUUACUGUGCUUUUAAUUCUUAAACUAUGAAAUUAUGGAGUUGCAGACUGGUGUUCCUAGUUUUAUCCGCAGCGAGACUGAGCAGCAGCCAGCAGGUCGGUGAAGCCUGCAUCCGUCGAGAUAGAACUCAAGGCACAUGCCGCGACAUUGGCGACUGCGUUGGUGACAACGGUCAGAUUGAGAAUGCCGGCAAACUUGAGCUUUGUAAAGGCUCCACGCUCGCCAAGGUCAUCGCCUGCUGCAGGAAAACCCCGGAAAGCAUCGCCAGCGAGAAAUGUGAAAAGUGGAAACGGCAGGCGAAUGAAGAUGGCUCACAAUGUCGGGUGAACAUUCCCUUGGCGAGAGGAGGGACGGAGGCAGACGUCGGGGAGUUCCCACACAUGGUAUCGAUCCUGACGUUUAGGGAUGGAGAUAUUCCGGUGCAUGUGUGUGGAGGUGUGCUCAUCUCUGAUAGAUACGUUCUCUCGGCUGCUCACUGCAAGCAAGGAGACCAAGACACCUACUACGUCCGAGUCGGGGGUCACAGAUUGAACCAGAGACGAUCAGGGAUUGACAUCGAUUCCAAGGUCAUUGAUUUUAUCCAACACCCGGAGUACAAGCCGCCUAGACGAUACAAUGACAUCGCUCUUCUUAAACUGGCAAUUACGGUUGAGUUCAGCCGGUACAUCCGGGCUGCCUGCCUCCCCCACCGCGAUGUUCGCAUCCGCUCUGGGACGAAGAUGAUAAUCGCCGGAUGGGGACUCUACGACAGAUCAGGUCAAACGAGUGAUGUAUUGCGUAAAGCAGAAGUAACAGUCAUCGAUCGAAUUGAAUGUGAUAAAAACCCACAAAUAUCAGAUGUCAGAAAUUCGCUGGAGUACCCAGUGGGAAUAACAGAUAGCAUCAUCUGUGCUAACGAAACGAAGUCGGGAGCCUGUACGGGUGAUAGUGGAGGCCCCCUGAUGGUGGCCACACGAACUACUUGUGAUGUGAAGGAGGUUGUUGGUCUAGUGUCACGUGGGCUCCCCGAUUGUCAACAGUCUGAUGUUCCUGGAACAUAUACACGUGUUGAGUAUUACGUUGACUGGAUUGUUAGGCUCGUUUGGCCUGAUGAACUCUAAAAACUUUGCCGUGGAGAACGAAACAAAACUAGCGAAUUUAUCUUCAUCUCGUAGCUUUCCUAAACAGCAAAAUAGCUGCCAGUCGUCCUAGAGUGGCUGACUCUUGAAUUUAUAGCUUUAGAUGCUUUCCAUUCAUUUUCAUCAUAUUCUGUCUUCCUUUCUCAUAAGUUAAGGAUUGGAAGCGUUUCUGUGCUUAUGGUAGUGUAGUAUGGUGGUUUGCAGUUAUUGCAGACCGAAACUGUGGUCAUAAGUGUGGUUUUGUCAUUCUCUAACAUAAUAGUUUCAAUGCUUUGAGUGAAGCAAAUUCUUAACCAGGGAAACAAGGAUAUUAGGGUAGAACAAAGUCGCCGAAUUCAUGUGAAUACUGAAUAACCUGUCAUAUAGGCAAGUUUGCAGUAUUUUCCUUGAACACUUGUUAUGCGUUUAUACUGUUACUUUGGGAACUCAAUCAGAUUUAUUUAUACACGAAUGUAUUAAACGAAAAGCAUUCAUUAAUGUUCUAUCAAUGAGUUGUGCAUAUUUGUCUGAAGUAAAAUGAUUUUUGUAUUAUAUAAUAAAGAUGUUCUAAAAAAUG